UUCGCCCAUAGAUCAGAAUGGCGGCUGUCAGACCAAAAAUCUAAGUUCUCGUUACUAAAAAGGAAAGAAAGGCCUAUGAAAUGGCGUCAGAGCAUUCUGUACUGAAGCAGCUCCAUCCGCUGGUCAGACCGUACGUCGAGAGAGUCCUGAGGAGGGGAAAUGUCGGGGUCUGUAUGGGGAAUCUCCGGAUCAGCGAUGUCAAGUCAGGGAGACCAACUUUGACUCAGUCCAAGGAACCGUGUGGAGAUAGAUUCAAGAUCUACAUCCCGUUUGCUGGAGACUCACUGAAGUGGGAGGUGAUAUUUGACAGCUGCCAGCCGUCCAACCCUCCUGACUUCAUCUUCUUGGGUGAAAAUGGCAACUUUGAUCCUGACAUAGAAAAACUGGAGAACCUAACCCAGUGGGACCCUGAGAACCCAGAGUCACUGGUGUUAGUACUAGAAGACCUGCUGAGGGAGUACAGAUGUUACCAGAGACAGCUGAUAGAAGGGUACAGCAGGCUACAGUUUGAAUACUCCAGUCUGCAGGGGAUGGAGGCAUGUGAUGAUGUCGAGGUGCACAUGGGCAACAGGCUUCCUGGGACACUUGACUCUCCCGUCAACUUCCUCAUCAGACUACCCAUUGACCUGUCACCUAUUCCACAGUAUUUGGUCAAGGAUGACCCAGGAGAAGACCUUGCAGUGUUACUUGCCAAGUUUCACAAUUCUGAAGGCUCCAGAGUUACUCCUCAGCUCUUUCUAUCACCAAAAGUGGAACAUGCACUUGGAGACAACACAGCCUUGAGAAUUCCCAGGUUUCCAACAGGAGGUUGUCUGAUGGACUACGUUCCACAAGUACAAGAUUUCCUACAAAAACAGAUUGACCAUAUUGUGGAAGGUUACCAGAGAAGGAGGGAGUAUGUAGCAGCAUUCAUCAGCAGAUUUGGAGGGUCAGUACUAGAGUAUGAUGCUGAGUCCUUCACCAAGCUGUCCCUGGUGCUGGAAUGGAAUGAAUUCUUCUUUGUACUUCACAUUGAACUCCCCUCCAGGUUUCCCCAGGAUAUGCCAGUCUUCACCUUCCAGUCCUGCUACCACCUGUCCAAGACUAACGGGGAACCCUACAUCUCUGUCCAGAAGAGCUACCCAUACAGUCCACGCUGGACUGGGGAGGAGAUGGCACAGAGGGCAAAACUGUUUAUCCUGGACUUCAUACCGCAGUUCAAGAAGGUGUCUGUGUCAUCCAACAAACUGUAGUGAGAGACUUCUCAAAUGGAAGCAGUCUUCCGUCGGCUAAAAUUAACUUAUUACAUGAAGUGAUUGUGUUCAUGGCUCUUACAGCAGGUUUCCCUGUCAAAGUGACAGACUUGUUUUUUUUUAGUUAGCUGUCCAGUGAAUAGUUGAAAGCCAUGUAGUUAAUGCAAUUACUGACAGUGGACAGGUUUACAGUGGACAGGUUUACAGUGGACAGCAAUUUAGAUACAUGUAUAAUAUCAACCCCGUACAAGUUCUAGAUAGGCACAAUAUGUAAUCAACAUACAAUGUACCCAAUGUCACAAGUAUUUUUUCUUUUAAAUUCAACAAUAAAAUGUAACUAUCAA